AUGGGUGCAAGUGUCCAUAGAAGCAAAUAUCUGUGGGUGCAAAUGUUCAUGGUUGCAAAUAUCAAUACUUUAGGCCUAAUUGACGAGACCAUGAAGUUCGAAGCAUUUCAUAUAUUUGCACAAGUUGCCUCAACUGUUAAAACAAGUGAAGUGCAGUUUAUCGACUCUAAUCUGACAAAUGAAAAACUGAAGGCAUUUGCACAAGGAGCAACUGAUUUCAGUUUGAAAAUCGAUCGCUUUGCCCUAUCUGACAAGACCAUGAAGUCCGAAGCAUUUCAUGAAUUUGCUCAAGUUGCCUCAAACACAGGAGCAGAUAUAAUGCAGUUUAACAACUGUAAUCUGACGAGUGAAAAACUGAAUGCAUUUGCACAGGGAGCCACCGAUUUUGGUUUGAAAAUCAAUUGUAUAAUCGAAGACAAUACCAUGGAAUGCGAAGCAUUCCACAAAGUCGCUGAGGUUGCGUCAACUACAAAAUCAGACAUACUGACGUUUCACAACUGCAAUCUGACAAGUGAAAAACUAAAUGCAUUGAGGACGGGAGCCAUUCAUUGUGACUUGAAAAUCAAUCAUUUGCACCUGCAAAACGAGACCAUAGACACCGAAGCAUUCCAUGAAUUUGCUAAAGUUGCUUCAACUACAAAAGCAAAGAUUGUGCAUUUUACCGACUGUAGACUGACAAGUGAAAACCUGAAUGCAUUUGCACAGGGGGCGACUGAUAUUGGCUUAACAAUCAAACAAUUUGUCGUAUCAGACAAGACCAUGGAAUCCGAAGCGUUUCAUAAAUUUGCUGAAGUUGCUUCAACCAUAGGAGCGAAUACGGUGCAGUUUGGCGACUGUAAUCUUACGAGUAAAAAACUGAAUGCAUUGGCACAGGGAGUUACUGAUUUCGGUUUGAAAAUCAAUCGUUUUGUCCUAUCUGACAAGACCACGGAAUCCGAAGCAUUUCAUAAAUUUGCUCAAGUUACCUCAACUACAGGAGCAGAUGAAGUGGAGUUUAACGACUGUAAUCUGACAAGUGAAAAACUGAAUGCAUUUGCACAGGGAGCCAUAGACUUUGGUUUGAAAAUCAAUUGUAUCAUCAUAGCAUACAAAACAAUGGAGUGCAAAGCUUUCCACAAUAUCGCUGAAGUUGCCUCAAUUACAAAAGCAAAACAUAUGAUGUUUGCCAACUGUCUGACAAGUGAAGAACUAAAUAUAUUUAGGCAGGGAGCCAUUGAUUGUGACUUGAAAAUCAAUUCUUUAAACCUAUUUGACAAGACCAUGGAGUUCGAAGCAUUUCAUAUAUUUGCACAAAUUGCUUCAAUUGUUGAAACAAGUGAAGUGCAGUUUAACGACUGCAAUCUGACAAUUGAAAAACUGAAGGCAUUUGCACAAGGAGCAACUGAUUCCAAUUUGAAAAUCCGGAAACUCAUUCUGGAAGAGGAAAACGAGCCAUCCCAAAAUAUAGCAAAAAACCUCUUCCAGCUGUUUAGUAUUGUGGGAGAAAGAUUAUUUCCUGACGGAUGGGAAAUUGACCAAUCCAGUGUCGAUGCGAUUCAAUCGGACGAGAUACCAUUAAACAACGAACUGAUAAUUCGCUCUAAGGAUCGUUGUCAAUCAGCACCUGUCCGGCCUUCACAAAUUCAACGCAUAAAAAAAUCAAUCAGCAACAUCUUCAGAAGAAGAAAUCCGCAAUGAAAGGGAUGUGAUAGAUUGCGAGGCAACAUUGUUUGUGAAGAAAUUUUAUUUUAAAUAUGAUUCAACAUGCACUAGAAAAAGUGUUAGUAUUUAUAAAUAUACAAGAAUAUAUUGAGAACCCAGGAUUUGAGUCUGUAACAAAUCGUCAUAUGACAUUGGACUGUGUUAAACAACUUUGCCUCGAGAGUUAAGAGAUAUACCUUAGUCCAAACUUUAAGUGUCCUUGUUGGAUUGUACUUAUUUUACUGGUGUUAUUCAAUGCCAAGUCCUAAUUUAAGUUCAAGAAUUCUAUUUUAACCUUUGCCAUUUUUAUUCGGAAGAUUAUAAU